CAUGCAAGAUUACGUUUUAUACAAUGCGCAUGCGUACUAUAAGCGGUGCAUUCUUGUAUUUAAACCUUAGUUCCUGUGAUGCGACCAUAGAUAAUAAGCUGCAGUGCUGCAGUUAAUGAGAACCACUGUCUGUAGGCUUAGUAACGUCCGGAGUGUGAUCCUCCACUCUUUGUGACUCGAGUCAUGUAAUGGUUCUUAAUCAUGAUUCAUGAACUAAGUAUAAUUUAUAGAUUCAUAUAUGUAUGUAUAAGUGAACUUCAGAAUAACGUGCACGGACUCGCCCGUUUCAUAUAAAAUAUGCGAUUCCUACAUAAUAUGUAUGUCGAUACUCCAUAAGUGUACACAUUUUGGAAAUCAGUUUUUAUCAAUUUUUAUUUUGUUUCGUGCGAAUCGUUGAUGUUGUGAAUUAUGAUAAGCCGCGUAACUUUUGUAUCUAUAAAAUAGUUGCAUAUUAUUUAUUUUUGUAUUUCCUAAGUUAAUUAGUUAAUAUCAAGUUCAUUCUUGGGCUAAGCUGACAUAAAUUUUAAGUGAAGCAUAAGUUUUAUUUAUUUGUGUAGUUUUUAUCUAACGUCGGGUACGUUUGAUUUUGUUACCAUGUUGCAUAUUGAUAUUUCAUCGGAUGAACACGAGAACGAUACAAUUGAAUCUGAUGUAUGUUAUAUUUUAUUACUUACUUUUAAUUUGUUGUGAACAACAAAUUGUAACAGCAGAAUACAAUAUAUUUUAAUUUUGAACUGAGCUGUUAUAUUUAAGUUGCAAAGCUGAGCAAGUUAACCAUUAUUUUUAAUUAACUUUUAGUUCAGUUACUCAUCCCAUAAUAAUAAAAUAAAAUAAAACUACUAAACAACUAAAAAGUUUCUUUUUUAAAAUUAUUCUUAACUACACUCAUAAACAUAUUUUUACUGUUAUACUUAAAUUUAAAUAUAUAUUUACUAUACAAGAUUCGUGUCGGUAUACCAAAGGCUGUGUUCCCAUCUUGUUGCGGGAUAAUGAUUUUCACAUAAAAAUACAUCAUUUUUGUUCAAAUAUAUAUGCAAAAAAAAACCAUUAUCUUUUAGAAAUAACUUAAAUUUUAACAAAACUACUAAGUGAAGUUAAAUUUAUUUAAUUAUUAUAAGAACUAUCCAAGUUAUUUUUUAACUCUAUUUAAGUUAAAAGUUAUCAAAAAUAACUUUUUGAUCAAUUUUGACAUAGCAAAGCAGCUAGGUAGGUAUGACCACAGUUUGUCACAUAUUCGUUCAGUAUGAAUAUUUUCUCUCCAUUAGGCUAUAUCAUGGUUCUACACUACUAUAGGCAAUGCUAAUGUUAUCCAUUAAGAACUAGUUCUUAAUAGGGAUCUACAAUAAUAGGUGAAAUGAAGAAAUAUUUGAGUAGGGUGUGCAUAUCAGAAACCAUAAUUCAUUCCUACUUAUUUUGGCAUAGUAAAUUAUACUGGUACCUAUUUAUUUAAUAGUAUUUUAAAAUUUUAAUGAUAGUGAGGAAAAUAAUGUUUGAAUGAUGAAAAAUAAUCUGUUUAUUUAUUUAUUUUAAUUGAUUAAUCUAGAUUUUAUAGAUUCAAGUAAAAGUUUUGAUAUUUUACAGUCUAUACAGUUUUUUGCUAGAAAAUAUUGUGCUUAGAGAGAUUAUUAUCUAAUUUUCCUGAUAGUUUUUUUAAGCUUAGGUAUCAAAAUAGUCAAAUUAUUAUUAAACGUAUAAUGACUGGAAAGUCAUUGUUCAAUCUUUCAAUAAUUUGACUGUAUAACUUUAAAAACAUAUAUUAUUUGUUAUAAUUUGUUAUUAAUGUAUUUCAAUAAAAGUUCACAUUAGUAGAUAGUAAAAAUUAUAUUAAUAUGUCUUAUUUAGGAUAUUCUUAAUAUAAUAGGAAGGUACAUAAAUUCUUUUUGAUGUCACUUUAUUUAAAUCUUUAACAUUUUAUUUUAUCUAAUUUCAGGGAAGUAUCAAUGGUAAAACAGGCAACAUGGAACAUUUUCAACAGGUAAAUUUUUUUUUUCUCCUUCGCCUUUAUCCCAACUAUUUGUAUCUUUGUCCUAAAUUUUCACUUGGUCUGAUUCCUUACAUCAUACUCUCAUAUACCCAUUGUCCUCGUAUCAUUCUCAGUUGCAUGUAACCACCUUUUUACCAAUUUUUCCUCUCCACUCUUUCUUCCUAUGUUUAUUUUAAUUAUAAUUCUUACUGUUUCUAAUUUCUCUUUCCUCAUAACCAUCUCUUCUACAUUCAUUCUCUGUUUUUCUUUUGUCUGCCACUGAACCUUCCAAUAUCGCCAGUCUCACUACAUUCUUGCAGAAUUUAUCUUUUAGUUUCAUUUGAAUUAUUUUAUUAUAUAAAACAUCUUAUGCUUUUUUCCACUUCUAUUAGAAAUAAGUAAAUUAAUAUCAUUAAUUUGUACGCCGAAAAAUAGAAAAGGUAAUGAAGACCCCUGUGGAAUUUAAUUUUCCUAUGUAUUUAUUUAAUUUGUAUUUAAUAAUUUGUUCAUUUUUAUAAAAUCAAUUUAUUUAUAUAUUAUGAGCUAGCAAAUUAAAUGUCAAAGUAUAGACUGUGAUCCAUCUAAAUUUUAAAUUUAUUAGUCCUCGGCAAAAAAGAAAACCAUCUGAGAAAGUGCAAAUAUUGGUCGACUAUAAUAAAAUAAUACAGUCAUAAUAUUAUACGUGUUUUUCUUCUAUAUUAAUACUUGUGUGUGUUAUAGUAUUAACAAAAAUUUAAUAUUUUAGAAUGAAGUACAACAUUAUUAUAUUUUUUCUGUAGAUGAUAAAAUUGUGUAAGAAAAACAAAUGGAUUCCACAGAAGUAUAUUGAUGAUAUGAAUAAAAUGUACAAACAAUGCAGUGAUAAACAAAGAAGUUCAAAAAAAUUGUGUAAUUUAAUUGUUAAAGGAACAGAAAAUAUUACUUCAAAGAGUGAAAAUUCUUUUCAGUAUGCUGCUAAUGUAUAUAAUGAAUUACUUCAAUUGUCUAAAAUGGAUAGUUUAAAAGUUAGUAUUUUUUAAUUAUUAAAUGAUCAUACAAUUAUGGUUAUCUAAUUUUGUAGGUACUAAUUAUUAUUAAUUAUUUUAUAUAAUAAAAUAAUUUUCUAACAUAAAAAUAUUAAUGUAUAAUAACUGGACAAAUGUGAGUUGAACUUGUGUAUUGUGAUUUCCAUACCGUGGAAAAUUAUACAAAAGUAUAAAAUAUGAAAUUUAAUCUCAAUCAGAAAUUUAUCAGUCAAUAAUGACAUUUAAAAAAAUGUAAAAAUAGAAUUUUUUGAGGGUAUCACUCUCAAUCAGUUUACAUCUUACCUUAAUGUUAUUAGGGGAAGCUUAUUAAGUAGUGGUCUGUACUUUCUGUAGCAGUUUAGUUAGCAAGUUUGCUUCUCUUUUUAUGUUUUGAAUUUUUAUUUGGUUUGUGGCUUCAAGUACACUUAACCUGUGUAUCAACCUAACUUAUUAUAACUGAUUGAUAGUACCUUAAGCUUGUCUAAUACCUAUUAUAUGGUUACACAAUUGUUGUGUUUUUAUGAUAUUAAUGUAUGAAUGUAGGUAAUAAACAUUUUAAUUUUACGUGUUUUUAGAAUGAAAAUAAUGUUGCUGGUACAUCAAAAGGUUUUUCAAAUAUUAACAUUGAAUUAGAAAGUGAAAAAAAUAAUAUAAGUAUGAGCAACAAAAUAUUUAAUGAGGUAGGUAAAUCAUAAUUGAUGUACUUGAAGGUUUUUUUUUAUUAGUUAUUUAUUUAUACUAAUGUAUAAAUACAUAAUCAAUUUUAAAAAAGGUCAUGUUAUAACAUUAUGAUAUUAUAUUAUAUUAUAUCAUAAUUAUUUUAUAAUCCUCUUUCUGUGAUCAAAAUACAUUUUAAUUAAUGUAUUUUAAAUAUAUGUAAACUAUAAAAUAUGUAAUUACAAAUCAAUAUUUAAUAAUUUGAUAUUGCCAAUACAUUUUAACAUAUUAUACCAUAAUAUUAUUUGUUUGUUGUAUGGUUUAGUUUAUAGAAAAAUGCUAUCAAAAUGCAAAUUUUCCAAAUCAAAAUAUUCAAUUAGUUGAUAAGUUGUACAGAUCCUUGGCACCAGAGUUUGUUGAAUCUAAGUAUUUUUUAUUGUUGCUGAAGGAAGCAAAUCAAGCGAUUUGGCCUGAUAGUAGUGUCAGUUUAUACAUACACGUGGAACAUGUUUAUAAUCAAUUAUUGCAGUUUCAUUCAUCGAUGGAGGUAAACUAUAAAGAUUAUUUUUUAUAUUUUACUUUAAAUUACCUAAUAAAAUAAUAACUAUCUACCUACUGUUAAAACAUACAAAUUAAUCAAUUAUAAUACCAGAAUUUAUUAGAUUUGGUAGGUAAAUAUUAAUAUAUGUUAUAUGUUUGGAAUAUAACGCAUUAAUUAUAAAUACUAUAUUUUACUAUAUUUAUAAUUAAUGGGAACUUAUCAUGUAUCAUGUUUUAUAAUUUUAUAAUAUCUCUAUUUUUAUUUAAUUACCUAUUUAUAUUAUGGUAAAUAAUAUUUUUAGUUCAAUUAAACAUAAAAAUAAAAAAAAUGUUGCUUCUUUAGGUUCAUAUCUAUGUUUUAUUUGUUUUAGAUUCAAGAUAAGAAAGUGUCAGGGGAGAAUAAUAAAAUGGAUAAAAAGAAAUAUAUUAAGCUGCAGAAACUUAUAAUAGCAUUGAAGGUAAAUAGUUUUUUAUUUAAACUGUUUAAUUUUUCAUUAAAGAACCUGAAUACUUAAACGGUUUUUUAUUUUUUUAUUGACUUACAUUAUAGUGCAUAGUAUAAUGAAAAAAAUGGUAGGUACUAACACUGUGUAAUCAUUUUUUCAUUUGUGUUUUAACAUAGAAUAACUGUGUAAAAGAUCUUUACAAAUGAUUUAAUCAAAUAUAUAAAAGAGUACCUCAUAAUAUAUCUAUUUUUCAUAUUUAUGUUACAUUUUGGUUUAAUAUUUUAGUAAAACAUGGCACAGACAUUGAAAUAUUAUAUGAAAAUGUACUUGUAUUAUUAUGAAUUUACUGUACCCUGGCAAACUGGCCUUUGGAUUUAUUUUUAAUUUUAUCUAUAAAAUUAAAAUGUUUCUAAAGAAACAUUGAUAUCAAUUUUUCUUAACAAAAAUAUAGUUUUACCAUCUUAUUAAAAUUAUAAAUAACAAGAUAAAAUAAUAAUAUUAUCUUGCACCUAUUUAAUAUUUUGAAUUAUUGGUAACAGUGUAAAUAUAGUUUCUAUGUUCUGUUAUUGUAGUGUAUGAUUUACUUACACUAUAUUCCCUCAACCAUAUAAUUUUGAAUCAACAUUGAAUGAUAUCCAACUAAAAUAUUCAACUAUAAAUUUAAAUAUAUCCAUCAAUAAAUAAAUUAAUGAAUGAAUGAAUGUUGCCUAACUUAGUAUUACCUAACCAUUUCAUAAUACUCGUGCGACACUUAAAUUAAUUAAUAUAUUUAUUUACGAGUAUUAACCAUUUAAUUAUUUUGUUUUUACUUUAUUAUUUAAUAACCAUAAAUUUAAAUAAUUCAUAUUUAAUUCAGUUAAAAAUGUCUGUAACUCGUGAACAUAGUGUCAUGAACAAUAUAAGUGGCAUAAUUUUUUUUGUUAUAUUAUGUACUAUAAUUUGAGCUAAAUACAUUUUUUUUGGCUUGGAUGGUCCUAUAAAUAUAUAACUAUUUUUUUUUUUUUAAACAAUUAAUACUAUUUUUAAAUUGUAUUGCAAUUUUUUUUAGAAAAUUCGUAAACAUAUAAAAAUUCUUAAUGAAAAAGAAAUGGAUAUUAAUGAUGAAGAUCAAUUUAAUUCAGAUUCAGCAUAUUUAUUAAAGGAUAAGUAAGUUUUUACAUUAUAUUUAAAUGUAAAUACUUUUAUUAAGAAAGUCAAUUAUUCAAAUAAUUUAUAAUCCAUCUCAUGAUUUUUCGUGUUUUAUUAACAUUUUAGAUUUGAGAAAAAAAUUGUUGAAAUAUACAAAAGGAUAUGUAGUCUUACCGAUGAACCAAGUUUUUUGGAUGAACCUCGAAUGCAUUUUAAACAAACAUCUAAUAAAUUGGUUAAUAGAACUAUUGAGAAAUAUUACAAUGAAAAAAAAAUAUUUCCAGAUUAUUUUGAAAUCUAUACUUUAUUAAAAAUGUUAAAAACUAAAAAAAACCUUAACUGGACAGAAGCUCAAUUGAAAAACAUAUGUAAGUUAAACUAUUAAAAUGUUAUUUGAUUAUUAUAUGUAAGAGUGAUUACUAAAGUAUGUUUUUUUAGCACAAGAUGCGUUUCUUAAGCUGGGUAAACAAUUAAAGAUUAAACGAUUAAAUGAAUAUUUUGGCCGUUUAGAGCAAGAAAUUACAGAAAAAGAUCCAGCUGUAGAUGAUAUAGAACUUCAAAAGAAGCUUGAUGAAAGUCAAAUUAAAUUAAAUGAAGAUUUGAAUGCGGUAAGUUUUAUAAAAAAAAAUUUAGCUUUUCCAAUAUGAAUAGACAUAGUAUAAUAACUCGUGACCUGUCUCUAAUAUCAGAUUUUUUUUUUUUGUAAUUCAGUUAAACAUAUUCUUAGAGACUUAAAAUUUGGACAGAAACUUAUAUUUUCAUUUUCUGGACGUGGUAAAAUUUUCAAAACAUUUUGGCCAUUUUUGAGGUGCUUAUAGACAUUAAAAUUUUGCGAGUUUAAUACAUAAUUUUUAUUUGACAAGUACUCUGUAGUAAAAUUGUUAGACUAAACAGAAAUGCUUGAAAAUUUAACAAGAAAUUCAUUAAAAUUUGUGCUUUGUGGGCAAAAAAAAAAUUUGUAUUUAGUGGACUAUUUUUUUUCUAAAGGAAUUUUAUUAUCAAAUUUUUAACGAAAAUCAUAUGAAUUAAAUUUAAUUGUUUUGAACAUAAGUAUAUUGCCGAUAUAUGAAUGAUGGUGAAAUUAGAACUGAGCUUAGUUUCGAAAUUAUAGCUUUUUGAAGUUCUUAUAUUAUGUGAAUAUUAUGUGUUAUGUCAAAUCGCUUAAUUUUGUCAAUUAUAUAUUAUGUCUGUAGUAGUCUAGUGGUGGUACACAUCUGUUGUUACCCUCGAGAUAGCAAAUUCAAACCUAAAUUCCGAUAAAAAAUAUUUGUAUUUUUUUCUCCUGUUAUAUAAACAGGGAAAAAACAAAUACAUUUUGGGUAUACGUAGAAACCCAAGUCAUCGGUCGAUCGGACUAUUUUAAUUGUAAAAUACCCCUCGAUUUGUUGUGUAAACUUUUCUAUGAGAAAUCUGGCUCCAAUAAAUAAAGUGUAUUGUAUAUUGUAUCCAAUAUAUAUUCUCAAAAGGAAAUUUUAUCUACAUGGUUUAUUUGAGUAGUUAUUUUUUUGAUUUUCCAAGCAAUUUUCAUAAUAAUUGGGAAAAACCAGGAUAAAAUGUUAGAAAAACAGGAAAAUUUACGAAAUUUAUGUAAUAGUCAAAAAAUAUUAUGGCCUUUUUUUUCCAGUGAACAACUUUUCUACCAGCAAUUUUGCUCCGAUUUAUAAUGAUAACACUAUUCUGAAAGGAAAUCUAACUGGAGUGGUACUUUAGAAAGGUCAUUUUUUGAUUUUCCUAAGAGUUCCCAAUAAAUGUAUUUAUAAACAAUAUUAAACAAUUAUUAUUAAAGAAAAUAUACAGGGUGAUCAAUCUAUCAUAAGACACUCAUUAUCUCGGAAAGUAUUAACUUCUUUUGACAUUUGUUUUAUAGAAAAUUCUAGAAACAUGCAGCUCUACAAUUUUACAUUUAUUUUAAUUUUUGGAAUUGAAAGUACUAUCCACUUUUGAUUUCCAAAUAGCAAUUUAUUAUUAAAAAUUUCAUAAAUAGAUGGAGUGGUAGUUAGAAUAAAUUUUAAUGUUAACAUUUUUAAUUUCCAUCAAUUGAGUUGACGAGAUAUUUUAAAUUUGGGUCGGUGGAAAAUAGUAGUACAUUUUUAAAACGCCACGCACUGUGCCGCCACACAAAUUAUGCUCUACUGUUCUCCCCCAACCUAAACUUAAAAAUGGAAUACCUUGUUAACAGAUUAACGGAAAUUAAAAAUUUAUUUUAACUAGGUACUAUUCCAUUUACUUAUGGAAUUUUUAAUAUAGGUUGCUAUAUGAAAAUCAAUAGUAGGUUGUUGUUUCACCCCCAAAAGGAUAACAAAAAUUAAUGUAAAUGUUAAAAUUUAGAACAGCUUGUUUCUUUAAAAUAAAUGUUGAAAAAAGUUAACAGUUUCCAGGAUAAUGAGUGUCUUAUGAUAGAUUAAUCACCCAAUUGGAUUAAUCCUUGCUUACAGAUAUACAUUAAAUUUUAUCUUUACUUUUCCAACUUCCCACCUACAAUAAUGUCCCACCAAUGUGCAAAGUUUGUCUGUCUUUUUCUUUGUUUUUUCAACUUGUAACCUUGUAACUUUUUUAUAUAUACUAAAAUAACACAAAAAAAAAAUACUAAACAAAGUCUGAACAAAAAAAUAAAUAUUAAAUUAAAAACCGAACCCUUGCUAUCAUAAGGGUUAUACAUGUUUUUUAAUACAUCAUUUUUUUUUACGAUUUUCUUUAAAAUGCUUACAAAAACUAAUCUUAUAAUUUUUUUUUUUAUCACUUAAUACAACUUUUGAAUAAUACACUUAAAACGAAGUGUUAUUUUUCAAUCAUUUCUAUUUGGUUAAACAAUUUUAUCCACAUAAUCCCUAUUAAAUAGGAAAUAUUGAAAAUGUCAAGUGCUUAUAAAUAGUUCAGGAAUUGCUAGAAUGUAAUGCAAAUUUCAGGUCUUUAUGAAGUGGAGUUUAGAACAAUAGUGGUCAACUCAACAAUAGUGGGGCAAAAGAGAGGAAGAUGAAGUUUUAGUUUGAUUACAUUUAGGGAAUUAGAUAAUUUUACUGUUUCAUGUUUGGUUCAUACAUGUUGUUUUAUAAAAUGUAGAGUUUUAUUUUUAAUUUAAAAUAUGAACCAUGCAAUUUGGGUUUGUCACAUUGAGAAUAUUAUAAUAAGAUACUAAUUAGAUAAUUGUAUUAGUUAUUUUUACUGUACUCAAUAGAAUUGUUUAAAUAUUAAUUUUAACUAUUUAAAUUAAUUAUAUUUUAUGUAAUUAAUAUUAUAUAAUGUAUAUAUUAUUAAUACUUUUUUAUUUUUUAGUUAACAGAAGAGUUUAUUAAUAAACAAGAUUAUGUUGUUGAAACAGAAGAUUCUAGUAGUUCUAGUAGUACUGAUUGUGAAAAAAGUUUAGAAGAUGAAUUUAUUAAUGAUAGUCAAUAUUUUAAUGAAAAGUUAAAAUCCUCUAACAUUAUAUCUAUCAGACGUAAAAGGCUAUUAUCAAAUAACACAGAAAAUGAUAAACCUAACACUAUAUCAUCAGAAGAUGAGUGUAUUAAUAAGAAUCCACAUUGCAAUAAAAAAUUCAAAAUAACUAACCCUGUAUCAGUUGAAUGUAAAAGGCAAUUUUCAAAUAGCAAAAACAAUGAUAAAUCUUCGAAAAAAAAUAAGAAAUCUAUUCAUAUGAAGAACCUUGAUUUAAUACCUCGUGUAAUUACAUUAAAUGAACCGAAUGUUGUAAGUAAUCAGGAAGAAAAAAUAAGUAUUGAAAACAAAAAAGUUCCUGGUAAAAUAGUAAAAGAAAAUAGUAAUGAAGUAAUCAAUAAAAAUAUUAGUAUUAGUAUUCAAAAAUGUAAUGACAGUGAUGGAAACUUAGCAAUUAGCAAUGCAGUUGAAGGUAAAUCUAUUGAGGAUAAUGAAGGAUAUUGUAUACGUACAAUAGAUAAAGAUAUUAAUGUUGAUUAUAAAACUGAUGAAAUAAUUGAAAAUAAAAAAUCAACAAAUGAAGUUAUGAAAGAUGGGAGUAGUAAUAAUAGUACAAAUAUCAGUACUAUAACUAUUGAUGGUGUAAAUAAUGAUAUUGGUAAUGAUACAAAUAUUAACAAUGCAACUGGUAAUGGGAAAGGUGGUUUAGAAAAUUGCAAUAUUACGGAGCCCAGAGUGACUAUACAUCAAGAGGAAAUUCAGCCAAAAGAUAUAAUUGAAAUUAAUGAUAACGAUGAUUCAGAUAUAGAAAUUACUUCUUGUGAUUCACCUAAAGUUCCAGUUAAACAAAAUCUUUAUUCUGUUAUAAAAUCUAGUAAGUUAGAUAACUACUGAGUUAUACUUUAUAGUUUUUCUUUUUUAUAAUGUUAUGUUAUUGAUUAAUUUUUAGUGAAUUUUGAUAAGCCAUAUAAUUGGGAUCCGCAUGUUCCAAGACCAAACCAUUCAAAUUCCGGGUCAUCCCGUGUAAGUAUAACUAAUAAUAUUUAAGUGAGUUCAUAACACGAAGUAUUUCAGUAGUUCUUAAAUACAUUUAUGGGAUUUUAAAACCCCUUCUCCCUUUUGUCAGUAAUCAGCAGAUCCCUUCUAUUUAAUUACAUUCAUCUCAGGCUCAGAUAUAUCUCAUUUAAAUUUAAUUAUUUAUAUUUUUCAUUUAGUAAUAUUUUAAACAAAUAUUUCCUGUCGACAUGGAAAGAUUUUUUAGCCGCUACAAAAAUGUAUUGCGUCUCAAUCGAUGUUGAUAACUUAAAAAUGUAUAUGAUAAUCAUCCAUUGUUUUGUUGAUGAGGAUCCUAUAUUCAAAUGAAUAAAUAUAUAAUUUUUAUAAAAAUUAUAUGAUAUAUAUAUAUUAUUUUAUUUUAUAUCUAUAUGUACAUAUGUAUUAGUUUUAUAAUUUGUAUUAAGAAAAAUAUUUUUUUUUUUUUACAAAUUUUAUAUUUUUAAUUGUGUAUUUAGCUAAAAAUAAAUACAUAUAUAUAUAUAUAUAUCACAUAUUUUUGAAUGCUCUCUAGGACACAAUAUGCAUGAGUGCAAUAAGCCACUUGUACAUGAGCUACUAAAAUUACAUUACUAAAUUUUAAAAAAUGAGAUAGCAACCCAUCAAAAUUGCUGACAUAAACAUAGUUUUGAUUAAUUAUAUUUUUCAUAUAAAUACACCAACUAAAAAAAUGAAAACAAUGUUUUUUCUUUAUUUUGAAUACUAUAGGAAUUUCAACAUCAACGUUCUGUUAACCCAAAUUCUUCAAGUAUGAAUUUAGAGAAGAAUUUAGUCAAUUGUUGGGUUAUGAAUAAUACUCAUAAUGUACAAUCACCAAGAUCAAAAAACCCACGACCAACCAACAACAUACGACAGACAAAUUCUAAUUAUAGUAGGCUGUAAGUAAAUGUUUUAAAUGUUUAUAACAUUUUUUUAAAUUUUAACUAUUGGGUUUAAUAAUCUCAUUCAAUAAUAAAAAUGUAUAACUUAUAUGCAUUCAAACUUAUAACUUGUAUUUAUAUUAAACUAAUGUAUCCAGUAUUGCUCAGUCUCUGUUUCCAAAAAUAAAAAUAUUUGAAAGAACAUCUUCCUAUUUCCAUCUUUAUCUUACAUUUGUAUAAUAGAUAUACAGAUAUACAUACAGAAUUUCAAUUUUAUAUAUUUUAAAUCAAUUUUAAAUGUAUAGUUUAUUGAAAAUAAUUUUAGUUAAUUAAAAUUAGUAAAAUUAAAUUUGGGUUGGUGGUUAAGGUAUACGGAGAUAUAAUUUAAGUCUUGGGCCUAUAUUAGAUUGCAAAUUUCCUAUUGAUUGUAAUUUUGAUUGUAAGAAGUAUGCACUAAACUUAAUAUUUUCCAAAAGUCUUCGUGAACUGUUACAUAGACAUGUUGCAUUAAAUCUGUAUGUGUGGACAAUUCUAUUCUUUUAAAAAUUAUAAAAUAAUCAAUGGUGCUGAAAUAAAUGUUUAGACUUUAAUAAUUAAAUUAACCAUUUCUUAAUUUACAAUAAUUUAUAAUACAAAAUAAUUAAAUGGGCCCAUAGUAUAUAAUAGUUAUUGAUAGUUAUUAAACAUAUAAUGGCAACAUUUAGUUUUUAAUUUCAAUGACAAAAGAAAAUCGUUAGCACUGAACACAUCACAAUUUUCUAUUUACCAUUUUAAAAUUUAAUAACUGAUUAUUUAUUUAUUUUAUUUAUAUUUAUAAAAAACAAAUGAACAUUUUACAAAAAUUACAGAUAAUAUAAGUGGUGAUAAUUAAGCAAAAUAUUGAGCAAUUAGAACUUCCUAAUAUUGAUUUUAAUUUAUGUUAAGAAUUUUCAAAGAAAGUUACUGAGAUCAUUAAAUUAAAUUAGCAAUGGCUAACUUUGUAGUUUAACAGUGUUUAAGUUCUACAGUUAUAUUAAUGGAAGAUGAAGUAAAACUAUUGAUUAGAAGUGGUUUUAGAAGUAAUCUAGACAGUGUUAAGUUAAAUUAAUAAAGAAAUAUAAUAAUACUGUAAAUAUUAUGUAAUUAAAAUGCCCACAUGUAUCGGCAAUGUAUUGGGUAGCUCGACUAAAAAAUCGCCUAUUCACUCAUAUUCAUAUUAUAAUAUUGGUAUGUUUCCUAUCAGCAUUUUUGUACUUCUGUAUAAAUGUAUAACUAUAUAUAUUUAACUUACAAUGUUAACAUAAUAACUUAUGACUAAAUUCUACAGGUUGAUAACUAAUUACAAUUUAAUAUUUCAAUAAGAAUAUUCUUACAAAGAGCAACUGUUAUUGUGUAAUCUGUAAAUAUUACUUUUUUCUUCAUUAUGAAAGCUAAUGCAAAUCACAAAAAUAAUCUUUCUAAUUCUUCAAAUAGACAAUAUUGGCUACCAAAACCACUCCUGAAGUUCAUGAUUAAAACAAAAUUUGUGGUAAAAAUGAUAACAGAAAAAAAAGAAAAGCACACAUAGUAAAACUAAUACAUUGUUAAACAACAGAUUGGAUAUUCUGGUUUUAAGUAGACAAGGCUAAACAAUACUGACCAGUUGUGUAGUGUAAUAUUAAUACUUUGAUAUUUUGUAUGUUUUUCAAAUAAUUUUUUUUUGGGAGGGGGGGUUAGCUUGUCACACUAAUCACCCCUUCCUUUAAUACAAAUUCAAAUAUUCCUAUGUUAAAUAAUUUAUUUUAUUAUCAGGCAUCAGAUGACCCCUAGAAUGCAGUCUACACCUAUGGUUCGAAAUUCAAUGGCACAAAGAGGUAAAAAUGUUACUAAACAUUAUAAUACACAAACUAGAGUUCAGAACAGACAUAAUUUUUCAAAUAAUCGAUCUAGAGUGCAACAGGUAUUGUAUUAUGUAUAUAUUAUGUUUUUUUGUUUGUUUAUUGAUUAAAAAAAACCGAAUAAUGUAUUUAUCCUUAUCAAUACUCUGUGCUUUUUACAUCUAUAUAUCUAAUAUAAUAAAUCUUAAUGGCUUUAUCUACAUUUUCAAAAAUGGGUUUAAUGAGUCUAAUCGAGUAAACUACAUUCUCUUUACGAUCCUGUCAAAUUAAGCGUCCAAAAUCUAUUAGAAUAACGUCAUUUUUAGAUAAUAAUGUUUGGUUCUUUUACGAGAUAAUCAUAUUUUUGAAUACACAAGAAUGAUAAGUCCCAAAAGAAUUGUAGAUACACCUAUUAACAUUGAUGUUCAUCUUAAGUGGACAAAUCCAGACUGAUGAAAACUGAUAAAUGCAUUUUUGGACAAUUAAUAACUUAAUUAUUAAACAAUAUAUCCAUACUAAGAUUAAAUAAUGAUUGCCAUUUAUAAUAAGUCUAUUCUGUUUCCAUUCAAAAUAUAUACUAAACAUAUCUAGAGUUUUAGUCGUGUUUAACUAACAAAUUAUUAUUUUACUGUACAUUUUAUAUCAUUUCAAGUUCACCAUAAAAGUUAAGAAUUAAAUUUAAAAACAACUAUAGGGAAUUAAAAAAAAUUGAAAUCUUUAAAUGAUUCAUCUUCAGAGCCAGAUUAUGGGGGGAUAUAGAGGGCCAUAGCCCAGGUCCCUUCAACAAAAAGGAUCCACAGAAAAAUUUUGGAAUGGUAAAUUGUCUGUAAUUCUCUCAUUAAUAAUAAUAAAUUCAAAAAAUUACUAUUUUAAAAAGAUUUUAUACUAACAGAUGUGUCACUGUUGUAUGUGAGAACUUGAGAAGGUAGGGUACAUACAGUAUACUACGUAUACAUUAUAUACUCUCAACAUUUUGUUGAAAAAUUAAGGGUAUACUGUGUAUACUCUUAAAUAGUUUAAAAAAGAAAAAACACUAUCUUAGGAUAAUAGAAGGAUGGGUGCAGCCACUAUUUUUAGUAGAAAGUUGGGAAGGUAGGAUACAGAAGAGAAUUUAAUGUAUAUCUGUGAGUAACGAUAAACCAUUGCUAACAAAAAAACGAUUCUGAGCGGAUCUUAGUUGAUAGUGAUGCUUUGUCAACAAUUUAUAUUAUAUUAUUAGUAAAUAAUUAAAUAGACAUUAUAUAUUAUCUUCAAUAAUAUUUUUUUUAAUGUACCGAUUUUCCAUUCUGAAGAUCAUUUUUCUGAUUUUCGAAGUGGUAUUUGAAAUACAAGUGAUUAAUUGAAAAAAAACAUGCAAUUUCAUUAUUUUAAAUAAAUACGCACGCCAUUUUCUACUAGAAAUAUUGCUUAUAUAUUUACAUCAUGAAAUAUUUUCAAUAGAAUAAAUAACAAUAAAAAAAUAAAUAAAUAUGACAAGGGAUAAUAUUACUGGGGAUUUUUUGAUGCACUGGAUUUUGUGGGUGAAUUACAUAUUCAGAUGCUUUGAAAAUUGCAUUGUUUCUAUGAUUAUAUUUACUUAAUUGCUACAAAUAUCUAGUUAUAACUACUAUUGUAUUAAUUAUAAAUUAUAACGAUUUCUGUUCACUAAUGUUCCUCAAAUCUUCACCUAAGAUAAUACAUUGAAAUAUGGUAUAUAUUUGCAAGGGUACAUCUAAAAAUAUUUUGUCCUUGACUAUCUGAAUUUUUAAUUAAUUUUUUUUUACAGCAAACUAUGAUGACUACAACUACUAUGGUUCAGCAAUCAGUUCACCAAUCGCAACCAACUCAUCAAAUGAUAGAUACAUCUAAAAAACCAAUUCGCAGUUCACGAGUCACUAGUUCUCAUUCCAUUAAUAAUAAUGAUAAUCCUGAAUUAAUUGAAUUAGAUUAGUGUGUACAUAUAUAUGUACACAGGGAUGUAUAUAUCCCUUAUGUAUACAUAACUAAAUAAUAUUAAUGGUUUUUUUUAUUUUAUUUUUAAUAUUUUUUCACAUGACCCGAUUAUUUUGCAAGUAUUUUUUUUUUUUUUUGUAGCCAUUAUUAUGCCACGGUAGCACAUCUAUGAUUUUAAAUGAUUCAACUAUAUAAACGUUCUGUGUCCACACACAACCUUAAUAUUUAUAAAUAUGAUCGGGUAAACAAUGAUUAAAAAGGGGAACUUGUUAAUAUACUUACAUUCAUCAUGUACUCUUUUAUCAUUAUUUAUCUACUCGCUUUUAAAAUGUAUUAGGCAUGUAUGAAUAAAUUUUAUAGUUAUUAUUAUUUGUUUGAUUUGUUUAGGCUACUGUUGUUAACCAAUACGACUUGGCCAGUACCUAUUUAAAUAAAUACAAAUAUUUUUUUUUAAUUGUUGAUACACAUAUUGUAUUAAUUUAAUUUAUUAGCUAUAUUUUUUUUUUCUAAUUUUUAAAUUAUAGACUGAAAUGAAUAUAAUAAUAAUUGUAAUUAAUUUAUACACGUUACAUGAAAAUGUAUUCUUAUUUAAUUUAUGUAAGAAAUGGAAUAGUAUGAAAUACAUUUUUUAUUUUUCAUUUAUAACAUUGAAAUAUUAACUAUCUAUUAAACAUAUUAUGUGUUUAUUACUUUAUGUUAUUGUGAAUGUGUUUAAUUGGGAAUAUGGAUAUUAUAACUGUCUCAAUCUAACUA